AUGCCUGUUCAGACCAAAGUGAUCCUACAAUCAGCGCUCCUCAAGGCCGCCGCCAACCUGACUGCGCAAGAUGCCAACUCCAGCCUCUCAGCAAUAGACUGGCAGUCGGUGGCUGAAUUCGUCAUUUUCUGCCUGAUUCAAGCACACCUGAACUGCCACUGGCAACGAUUCCUCGAGGAUACCUUCCCCACCCUCUCUCCAGCUCGGGGCAAGCAACGCACAACAGCCUGGCACAAUGUCCUCCUGAAACUGGCACUCGACCAAACCAUCGGUCUCUUCAUCAUGAACGUCAUCUUCCUCGUGUGCACCAACGCAGUACGACCAUCCAGCGCCAGCCUAGUAGCGGAGGUGAAUGGCAAGAUCUGGCCGUUGAUCCGCAACGCGUGGAAGGUCUGGCCGGCCUGUGCCCUGGUCAAUUUCCUGUGCGUACCAGUGGAAUCCAGGGUUCUGGUGGCAUCCUGUGUUGGAUUCGGCUGGAAUGUCUUCUUGGCUCUGUUCAUGCUGGCGAAAUAG